AUGAUUUUUGCACGCAUUCUAUGGAUAGGAGCUACAACGUCAAGUAGUGUGGCCGUCAAAGCAGUGUCCCUCACUGAUGUCACAGCUCAAAUAACACCCACAUCUAUAACGUCGCCAGUGUCGACUUCCGUUAAAUUGCCCCAAGUCUCGGUUAAAACUGUAUCGGAACCGGAUGUAGCUUUUCCAGCUGUUUUGAAAGGAUCCCAGAAACAAAGGGUACCACCGCCGGUACCACCACGAGGUUCCCCAAAAACGAAACGAGGCGGAUCAAACUCGCAAACUUCAAGCCUCGAGACGAAAGGUGAUUAUCAAUUAUACAUAUCAGUAAAUGAUAUACCACCUCAAACACCUUUUACAAGUAGUGACGACAAUUUUGGUUUUUAUGGGCAUGAUUUGAGUUAUAACCCACCCGCAUGCCGUACACCGCCUUCUAUAUCUGAUCAUUCCAUAAAAAUAUCAAAGUUGGUAGCAUCUAACUCAUUCCUGGGUUACGCUGAAGAGGGGGACAGUAUAAGCGAGAGAAAGAGGAGCAACGAUCUCAUAUCUCAGUCUAACAUGAUGGCCAAAUUUAACAUUAAAGAUGCUGUCAAAGAGCAUUUAGAGACAGGAAACUAUGAUGGGGAUUCCUUCACUGAUUCAAGUGAUGAAAUCAUGGUCCAUGAAAUCGGUGCUGACAAUAAGAUAGUUAUAAAUACUCUGUCCCAGGCGAAGUUACGUAAAGCUAGAAGCGGUGACACACCAGACAGCGAUGACUCCGAUCUAUCACCGAGGUAUUCGCCUAAGAAAACCGUCAAAAACAAAAAGAGAACUGGUUUCAUAGCACGAAUAAAUACCAUCAAAAAAGCACCGAACAAGAAAGACCCCUCGGACGAUAACAAAGGAGGUUUAAUGACAGGUCUCACCAAAAAGUUCACAUUCAAUCAAUCGAUUAAAGAUAAGACACGUGGCGUGUUCCGAACGAAAACGAAACCCAAGAUAGAAAUAAAAACAUACGCGGAGGAACAUUCACAACAGACGGCUAAAGAGGAUAUUGUUUGCGAAAGAAAAGCUAAGACGAAAAUUGAUCUGUUCCAAAAGCAAAUACUCAAAGUUCAAUCAGAGACUGAUACUUGUUCUGUAACAUCUUCGAGAGACAGCAUCUCGCGAAUAGAAAGACGAGAUGUUGUUAAAGAGACCAAGAAAAUGUUUGAGCAAAAGACGAAGACUGACGUUCCUGUCAAACGGAGGCCCAAAAAGGGCAAAGCGCCGCCCCUGCCGGUUGGUGUUGUGCCCAAAACCGAUAUAAGUGAAAAAAUACGGAAAUUCAAUGUAACUAGAGUUCCCGAACCUAUACAACCCUCAGUGACGUCAAGAAUAAAAGAACUACCAAUGAAGAGAGAGAGUAUUGUAGUAUCAGAUAAAAUAAUAUUCCAAAUGAGGAAAGAGUUUGAAGAAAUUAUCUAAUUAUGAUAGACCGAUAUGAGUCUGCCAACCUACCAAAGAGUGAUGCCAACGUCUCUGUGUACCAACCUAUAAGAUCUUAAAUUUGAAUUGUAUUAAUGUUGCUAUGUAUGUUACUACCGGCUUCUGUGUUCGUUGUUUGCUAAACAUUUUAUACUGCCACUAGCAAUAACAUUAGAUUUCAUUAUAAACACUAGUUAGUCCCAUCAUAUAUCAUUCUAGGCAUUAGUUAUAUCCCGUUUCUAAUAUCACUGUGUCACGACCGCUGUCAUCCAAAGCUAGUGAGUAAUGCU